GGUGAACUUGAAAGAACACUGGGGCGCGUGAACAAGUUAAAAUCUGAUUCCAGUUUUUAAAACUGCCAAGUCCAUUUUGUUUUUGCCCUUUUCAAACUGGAUCCAAGGAAAGAAGACCGUUCCUCGAUUUUGCUGCCUCAAUUACAUUCACAAAAUCUCUCUUAAAGACUAGGAUUAUAUCCUACACUACAGGCUAGUGCUACAGCCCAGUUUAGUGACUUCAGUCUUCUUCUCUCAGUUUUGAGUUUUGACUGACCUCCUGGCUUCCUUCUCCAUCACUACCGCCCCAUCAGAAUAUUACCAUUUACUUCCAAUACCAACCAUUGGCUUCUUCUUCAUACAGCCUUUCAAUCUUCUGGCAAAAGAGAAAGUGACCCAUUUGGAGUUUUAGUCAUGUCUUUAUCUUUCCUUAACUUCAAACCAGAUAGCAUUGGCAAAAAUUGAGAGAUUACCAUUUCACUGAGAGAUAAGGGAAAAGAAAGAGAGGUCUGGGGCUGAUCUGGGCUUCUCAAGAAACAGGCAAACAACAAUGGUUGCUGGAAAAGUGAAAGUCGCCAUGGGAUUACAAAAAUCACCACUCAUAACUCCAAAGCCAAAACCCUCUUCAGAGUCAUCCCCAAAACCAGCAUUUUCCUCAUCAGCCAGUUCUGGAAAGCAACAGCCGUCAAACCAAAAAGGACCUGGUUUUUCGCGUUCAUUUGGAGCUUAUUUCCCCCGCUCGUCCGCCCAAGUCCAGCCUCGCCCGCCAGAUGUGGCCGAGCUCCUUCGAUUAGUGGAAGAGCUAAGGGAAAGGGAGUCCCGGUUGAAAACAGAACUGCUGGAGCAAAAACUCUUGAGAGAGUCUAUCGCCAUUCUCCCGGUUCUGGAAAGUCAAAUCUCUAACAAAGACGUGGAAAUCGAAAAAUCCAAGAGGAAGAUCGAAUGCUUAGAGGAUGAAAACGAAAGAUUACGCCAAGAAGUCGAGGUUUUACACAUGGAAAUUUCCAAGCAAAAUUGUAGAUACGAAGAAAAGAUAAAAUGUUUGGAAUCACAAGUUUCAGAGCUGAAGAAGUCCAAUGAAGAACUCGCAACCGCCGCUUCAUCGUCACAAAAACAAGUCGAUUUUCUUAUCAAGUCGAAGAGUUUUAGGAAAAGUUUGAGCAUACAAACAAAUGGUCAAGUGAAUGCUCAAGCUACAGUUGAUAGUAGUAAUAAUGGUGCUUUAAAUUUGAAAUCUGAAUACGAGACAAAAAAGGAGGAUAGCACAUUAGGACUGGUUGAGAACGAAAAACCAAGGCAUGGUCGUCGCAACUCUGAUGAAAUAGUAGAUUCUUCAGAAAAUUUAAUGGGUUUAAAAUCCCGCGCUCCCCGGGUUCCUAAACCGCCUCCACGGCCGUCGUCUUCGCUUCUUUCAUCGUGUUCAUCUUCAUCAUCUGCUUCACUGCGUUCUUCAUUAUCUUCACCUUCAUACGGGUGGUUAUCUGAUUCAGCAGAACGGGCAUUGGCAGAAAUAUCUAAUAUUCCUCCACCGCCGCCACCUCCACCAGCCCCCCCAGCAGCAGCAGCAGUAAAACAAGCAAUAGCUCCACCACCACCACCUCCUCCUCCUCCACCGCCGCCUUCACGGCAUUCCAAGGCGGCUCCGCCACCACCUCCUCCCCCUCCUCCGCCAAGAGGGUUGAAGCCUGUGCCGGCUAAGGUGAGGAGGGUGCCCGAGGUGGUGGAGUUUUAUCAUUCCCUUAUGAGAAGGGAUUCGCGGCGGGAUACUGGCUGCGGAGCAGGUGGCGCAGCCGAGGUUCCUGCGGCGGGUGCGAUGGCAAAGGAUAUGAUAGGAGAGAUUGAGAACCGGUCUACUCAUUUACUAGCUAUUAAGACAGAUGUAGAAACACAAGGAGAUUUUAUCAGGUUCCUAAUCAAAGAAGUUGAGAAUGCUGCAUUUACAGACAUUGAGGAUGUUGUCCCUUUUGUAAAGUGGCUUGAUGAUGAGCUAUCUUUCCUGGUUGAUGAAAGAGCAGUAUUGAAACACUUCAAUUGGCCUGAGCAGAAGGCAGAUGCAUUAAGAGAAGCUGCAUUUGGGUAUUGUGAUCUGAAAAAGCUCGAAUCUGAGGCGUCUUCAUUUCGUGCUGAUCCUAGACACCCUUUUUCUUCGGCUCUCAAGAAAAUGCAGGCCUUGUUUGAUAAAUUAGAGCAUGGUGUCUACACUUUGUCAAGAAUGAGGGAAUCUGCAACAAACCGAUACAAAGGGUUUCAUAUUCCAAUGGAGUGGAUGCUAGAUACUGGAUAUGUUAGUCAGAUAAAGCUGGCAUCUGUGAAAUUGGCCAUGAAGUACAUGAAGAGAGUUUCAGCAGAACUUGAGACCGUGGGAGGUGGUCCCGAGGAAGAAGAGCUUAUAGUUCAAGGUGUUAGGUUUGCCUUCCGGGUUCACCAGUUCGCUGGUGGUUUUGAUGUGGAGACAAUGAGGGCAUUUCAAGAGCUGAGGGACAAGGCAAGGUCCUGCCAUGUACAAUGUCAAAAUCAGCAACAACACAAGUUCCCUUGCAGGUCCACAGCUUACUAAUAAUCUCAUCUGUAGCCAACUCAGCUUCAGAAACUGGCUUCCAUGACAUUUUGGUGUAAAGAUACAAGAGGGAUAAUCACAGAUGUGAAUAUACAAUUGCCUGCUGCCAUUUUGCACUUAAA